AUGCACAAAAAAGCCGCAAACGCGGCGAAGAAGAAACCAGAUUUGGAUGGAAUCGCUUUACUCGAACUUGGAGUGAAAGCGAUGGAUUUGAAAGAGUACGAUAAAGCGUUGCCUUUGUUCGAGGAAGCGUACAAGACGUGCAUGGAGAGCACGAAGGUGGAGAUGGUGAAACGAGAGAAAACAGAAGGAGGAGGAGAGAAAAAUGUGAAUACUACGAAGAAGAACACAAAAGAGACGACGACGGAAAAGGAACAGCAUCAAAAGGACGCGUGCGAAGAGGCGGUCAAAUUGAUCUUGAACAAACCCGGAGAGUUACUGGCGAAGAAGAAAGAGAUAGACGCGAAGUUACCGAACUACGCGAAGAACAGCGAGGAGAACAUGAAGCGACACAUGGAAAAUACGGGAGGGAAGUAUCGAACUCGAUUUCCGCCGGAACCGAACGGGUAUUUGCACAUCGGGCACGCAAAGGCGAUGUAUUUUGACUUUGGCGUGGCGAGGUUGAACAAAGGGGAGACGUAUUUGAGAUUUGAUGAUACGAAUCCAACCGCGGAGAAGCAAGAGUACAUCGAUUCGAUUAAAGAUUCGUGUAAAUGGUUAGGCCACGAGCCGACGAAGAUAACGUACUCGAGCGAUUAUUUCGACAGGUUGUACGAAUUGGCGAUUCAAUUGAUUAAGAGCGGAGGGGCGUACGUGUGCCAUCAAACGAAAACAGAGACGGCGAGGAGUAGAAGUUUGUUGCGAGAGUUUCAAGAGAAGUGCGCUAAGAGCGGGGUGGAGAAUAGGUACGAGGUGGAGUUACCGGAAGGCGCGGCGUCGCCGUACCGAGAGAGAUCGGUGGAAGAGAAUUUAGAGUUGUUCGAGAAGAUGAGGAGUGGGCAGUGUGAAGAGGGCGAGUGUAGUUUGCGCAUGAAAGGCGAUUUGCGAUCGGAUAUAACCUCCAUGUGGGAUUUAGCCGCGUACAGAGUGAAGAAAGCGGAACAUCCGAGAACAGGAUCAAAAUGGUGCAUUUACCCGACGUACGAUUACACGCACAAUAUCGUCGAUUCGUUGGAAAACAUCACGCACUCGUUGUGCACGUUAGAGUUUGAAACGAGGCAAGCGCCGAACGGGCCGUAUUAUUGGCUGUUGGAUAAACUGAACGUGUAUAAACCGUCCACGUGGGAGUUUAGCCGAUGCAACAUCACGUACAACGUGAUGAGUAAACGAAAACUAAAUCUGUUAGUCACGCAAGGCUUAGUGAACGGAUGGGACGAUCCGAGAAUGUUGACGAUUAACGGCAUGCGCCGACGUGGGUACACGCCAACCUCGGUGAAUAGCUUUUGCGCGAAAAUGGGCGUGACGAGGAACGAAAACGUUCAACCGUUGGAACGUUUGGAAAACGAAAUCCGAGCGGAACUUUCCGUGGAUAGCAAUCGUUUCUUCGCGGUUUUAGAUCCGUUAAAGGUUGAGAUUGUGAAUUACCCGAAAGACCGAGCGGCGGAGUUGUUGAUGGACGCGCCGUUCCAUCCGUCGUUCAUGGAGGAAAGAGGCAUGCGAAAGAUCCAACUCACCGAGACGGUGUUUAUUGAUCGCAACGAUUUCCGAGAGGUGGACGAUCCGUCCUUCUUUGGUUUAUCGGUGAACAAGAAAGUGCGUUUGUUAUUCGCAUACGACAUCACGUGCACAGGAAUAACUAAAAGUCCAGUCACUGGUGUCAUCGAAAGCGUUCAGUGCGAAAUUGAUAUGGAUAGUCGCGCGAACAAGCCGCCGAAAGGGAAGUUGCACUGGGCGAAUACCGAGUUUAAAACGGCCGAGGUGAGAGUGUACGACAAAUUGUUCGCGGUUCCGGUUCCCGGAAAAGUGGUCGAGGAAGGCGAAGGCGGCGAGGUUGUCCCAGAAGCGACGGCGUUAGUGGCGGCGGACGAAGAAGAAGAGGAAGAAGAAGAAGAUGCGAACGAGGACGCCGCGAAGCAGAAAUCACUCAAAGAACUCGAGCUCGAACAUCCGUGGUUAAAGCAACUCAACCCGGACUCUUUGGUCGUGUACAAAAACGCCUUGGUCGAGCCGAUGUUGAUUGAAAAUCACGCCGACCAACCGUACUCGGCUCGCGUCGAGUUACAAAGACUCGGGUUCUUCACGUUCGAUUUCGAUUCGACGAAAGCAAAACCAGUCUUGAACAGAAUCGUAACUUUGAAAGAAAGCAACACCAAGAAGAAAUAA